AUGGCAGAAAAUGAAAAUCGAAAACGAAUUAUGAAAAAGAUUUUGAUAUUAGGACCAACUAAAGUGAGUUUGUUUUGAAUUUUUUUGAAUUGGGAGUAAUUCAAAAGUUUUAGGCGGGAAAAACAACAUUGGCAACAUUUCUUGGGGAAUAUAUGGGAGAUGAAAUUCGAGAUGAAGAAAACCGAAUAAAUCGAAAAAUGGAAUUAGAAUUCACAGAUAUUUAUCGACCAACAAAAGGUGUUCGAAUUGUUGAAUUUGAAAGUCACGAAUUCCUCUCAAAAGAUGAUAAAGAGGCACAUGAAAAUGAACAUGGAAGAAUUAUGGAUGUUGAAAUUCAAUUAUGGGAUGUCAGUGGGGAUAGAAAAUAUGAAGAUUGUUGGCCGGCAAUCAAAGAAAAUGUGAAUGGUGUUAUAUUAGUUGCAAAUCCAGAAGAACAUUCGGGGAAGGAUUUAUUGAUUUGGUAUCAAGAAUUUGUUGAAAAAGAGAGAUUAGAUCAAAAAAUGGUUAUGGUUUUGUUGAAUGAACAAGGACCAAAGAAAACUAAUCAUGAAUUAGUUUCUGCUUUUGAGUAAAAUUUUUAAAAAAUAUUAGGUAUGAUUUUUUUGACAAGCAACAGGAAAGUUUCAGAAUUCAACCGCAACUUCACGGAGUUUCCCAUGUUGCUUGUCAUUUUGGAUCAGAGGGAUUGAGCUUAAAACAAGAAGUUAAUAAUUUCUUGGUUAAAAUAAUGAUGGGAGGUCAAUCACAAUCCGAAACAGUGGAAAAUGUAAAUAUUAUGGAGGAUAUUGAAGAAGAUGAAGAUGAUUUCUAA